AUGAUAGAGCAUUCCGGGCUCGAGUUGCGUGCGCGUCGUCCAGUCAACGAGGAUGACCCUUCCAAAAAACUACCAGAGGUUCAAACUCCGCCGUCUGAGCACGCGACGCGUUCCAAGAUCGCCGACAACAAUGCCACCGACGACAUGAAAACGGAGCCCGUCGCAAGCGAGCCGGAGCGGGGCCUCACGGAGAACCACGCGGAUACGUACGUGUCGUCGGGGGACGCGUGCGUGGAUUUCCUCUUCCACGUGCUGCCGCAGACCGAGCGCGACGACGCGCACCGGCGGCUCGAGGCUGCGUGGGCGGAGGACCCAGCCACGGCGAUGCGCCUCGUGAUGCAGCUGCGCGCGGUGCGCGGCACGGGCAAAAGCGACCGUUCCAGCUUCUUCCACUGCGUCACGUGGCUGUAUAAGCACCACCCGCGGACGCUCUUGCAGAAUCUGUGGCUGGUUCCCGAGUUCGGGUGCUUCAAGGACCUUCUGGAAAUCGUGCGGCUCGCUCUGGCGGAAGAAGGGGUACCCUCGGAGGAGGGAAAGAAGACGCGGAGAAAGAGCAGCGGGGAAGGGAGCAGGGGCGGCAGGGGAGGGAGCAGGGGCGGCAGGGGAAAGAAGAGUGGCGGCUGGGAAGAGGAAAGUGGCGGCUGGGAAGAGGAAAGUGGCGGCUGGGAAGAGGAAAGUGGCGGCUGGGAAGAGGAAAAUGGCAGCAGGGAAAAGGAGAAGAGUGGCGGCAGGGAGAAGAGGAAGAGUCGCGCGGAACUUGUUGCGGAAGGAUGUCUAGACUUGGAUGAGAACGAUGUCAUGGCGUGGAACGAUAUGGUGAAAAGGAGCAGCUGGGAAGGCAGCAGGAGAGACAUGAUGGCCGGCAAGGGGAAGAAGGAGAAGAAGGAGGAGAGUCCGGAGGGACGGGUGGCGGAGAACAGGUGGCAGAUGGAGGAGGAGAGCGCGCGCGCAGCAAUGAUGUGCGGCGAGGGAAAGCAGGAGAUUUCGGAGGAACAGGCGGAGGAGAACAGGCGGCAGAUGGAAGAGGAAAGCGCGCGCGCGGCCGUUUUGCGGGAGAAACGGGUGGCGAAGAACAGGCGGCAGAUGGUGGAGGAGAGCGUGCGCGCGGCUAUUUCGCGCAAGGAAAGGCUCGCGCGGAGGGCGGCGGCGGUGGCGCACGCGUACGAGACGAGCGAGCGGCUGCGCGCCGUGCACAACGCGAUGGAUGUGGACGCAGCAGCAGCAGCAGGCGGGGCGGGAGGGUACGUGCGAGUGGCGAAGGAGCGGCUGCAGAGGGAGGUGCUGGCGCCGCUGCGGAGAGUGCUGGAGUUGCCCGAGGUGCACAUGAGCAGCGGGCGGUGGGAGCACGUGGCGUACGGGCGCGUGCCGUCCGUGUGCAUGAAGAAGACCCGCAAGCUCUUCCUCUCCCACGAUGAGGCGAGGUUCAAAGAGUACCUGGAAGAUGUGAAGAGCGGCGCAGCCAAGAUCGCUGCUGGAGCGGUGCUGCCGCAUGAAGUGGUGAAAGCAGCCAUGGAAUCAGCGGAAGAAGGCAACAGUGAUGAUACAGUGGGCGAGCUGCAGUGGAAGGCCAUGGUGGCUGGUGUGCGCAGCAAGGGGUCCCUGGGGAACAGCAUGGCAGUGUGCGAUGUGUCGGGGAGCAUGGCGGGUACACCCAUGGAGGUGGCCAUUGCACUGUCGCUGCUCGUGAGCGAGGUGAGCAGCGACCCGUGGAAGAACCACCUCAUCACCUUCUCCGCAGAGCCAGAGAUCCACCACGUGCAGGGAGAGACGCUGGUGGAGCGCGUGAGAAGCACGCAGGGCAUGGACUGGGGCUACAACACGGAUUUCCAGGCCGUGUUUGACCUGCUGCUGUCCCGCGCGCAGCAGUUCCAGUUGGACCCGGCCGACAUGGUGCAGCGCCUGUAUGUGUUCUCUGAUAUGCAGUUUGACCAGGCGGGCAGGGCCAGUGGAACCGACUGGGAGACGGACCACCAGGCGAUCGUGCGUAAGUACACUGCGGCGGGUUACCCUGUGCCGCAGAUAGUGUACUGGAAUCUGAGGGGUGAUUCGGAAGCGAGCAGCACGCCGGUGCUUGCAAGUGAGGAUGGCGUGGCGCUGGUAUCGGGGUUCAGCAAGCAUGCUGCUGGCUGUGUUGGAAGGCAAGGAGAUUACUCCCUUGAUAGUGCUCGAGGAGGCUAUUAA